GAGAAUGCGCGGGAAAAGCCAAUGAAUACUUUGAGGACCCUGCGACUGCUGCACACUCUAAGGAUAUAAAACUUGAUAGAUAAAAAACUCCACACAACAUACGUAUUCAACUGGAAGGCAGGAAACUACCAUAAUUGUGGGAUCGAUAUAGUGUCAUCAUUGCCCGCGCCCUCUCAGGCACAGAGAGCCGGGAUGUGGUCUGAUAGUUCCCACGCGCAGACAUUCGGACACGCGCCCGCCAUGGACCGCCUCUGUCUGCACUCCAGACUCGGUUGCGUGCUCGCCGGGGGUCUUCACGGAGGAAGCCGCGCCGGAAUCGGACACUUGGCUCGCGUGCAGGAGCCGCCGGGUCUACCGUCGGCUUCGGAAGUUUCGGCCGAGGCGGCGAUCUUCGUGGCGGUGAGUCCUCGACCCCAAGGACGGCUCCGUGACGACCCAGCACGCGCCCAAGAAGAAG